AUGGUGGGAAAACAUCCAAAUAGAGUAGCCGUGAUUGGCGCGGGGAUCAGCGGAGUGACUUCUGCCGCACAUUUGCUGAAGCACGGGGUCGAAGUCACACUCUUCGAAAGAUCCGGGGUCGCAGGAGGCGUCUGGCAUUUUGAUGAGAGGUCGGCGUUAGAGCCUCAGUAUCCAAAUGAGACCCCGUCCCGCGGCGACUAUGAGACAAAACCGGAGCUCGCAUAUGUUACACCACCGGCUGAAAUUGAUGAGAAUCAUGAGGAUAUCGAAAUCGCCCACGCACCUCCAGGGCCAUGCUACUCGGGACUGCAGAAUAACGUCUCGACAAGGUUGAUGAGAACCAGUCUCCAGGCUUGGCCGGAUGGGACACCGGAUUUCGUGAGCCAGAAGGUCAUGGAGGAGUAUAUCCAGACCAUUGCCGAUGUCCACGGCGUCUCUGCCAUAGCAGAGUAUCACACUCGGGUGGAAGAAGUGCGCAAGGCUGGCACAGAGUGGUCCAUCCGGACUACGACUCUGCAGAAACAACCAGGACCGUUCGGCGGGCCGCACUUGGUGGAGAGACGGUGGACAUUUGAUGCCGUUGUCGUCGCCUCCGGCCAUUACCACAUGCCUCGUAUUCCCGACAUUCCCGGCCUCAAGGAAUUGAAACAGGCAUGGCCAGAUCAAGUGUGGCAUUCGAAGAGAUAUAGGAACCCUGCUGUCUUCAAGGACCAGAACAUCCUGCUCAUUGGUGCAGGAGUAUCGUCGUUGGACAUUGCCAAGGAGGCGAGUGCCUAUGCGAAGAACAUCUACCAAAGUUCUCGUGGUGGAGUCCUCGAUCUACCUGCGGCCUUGUUACCGGACAAAGCCAUCAGGGUUGGUGGUGUCAAAAGUUUCCGGAUCAAUGCCAGCCAGGAUAUCGAGGAAUCCAGGCCCCGGCCAGAAUCAGUGACGGUGGUCCUGGAAGAUGGGCAAGAGCUGACCGGCAUCCAUUCCAUCGUGCUCUGCACAGGAUACAUCACUUCGUAUCCUUUCCUGUGCCAUCUGCAUGGCGAUACAAAGGCGGCCGACGAAGCUGACGAAAUCGUGCUCGUGACUCGCGACGGGGAGAUGGUGCACAACCUGCACAAAGACAUCUUCUACAUUGAAGAUCCUUCACUCUCGUUCGUUGGUGCGCCGUACCACAUUGCGACCUUUUCACUGUUCGACUUCCAAGCGCAGGCGGUCGCCAGAGUCCUAGCCGGGAAAGCACUGCUUCCUUCGAAGGAGCAAAUGCGUGCGGAGUAUCGGGAUCGCGUAAAGAGCAAAGGCCUAGGACGGGACUUCCACAGCCUUAGGGCGGCUGACGAGGAGCAGAGAUACGUGGCUGAGCUGGUCCAAUGGAUCAAUGAAAGCGCUACCGAGCUAGGUAUUGAGGACAAGAUGGAAGGUCACACCGCGGAAUGGCACCAGGCAAACAUCGAAAGAGAGGAACGUUUGAGAUGGUUGAGAGAAACCAAAGGUGUGAAGCAGGACGAUGUCGGUAAAGAGGCGGUAUCGGCAUAA